AUGGCCCAUUCGUCUUCAUCAGAGUCCUCGCGCUCUGGAUCCGAUGGUGAUCUUGAGCCAUCCGAUCCUUGUACGCAUGUACUUCCUGGUCCAUAUAGGUGGGAGGUACUCCGUAAGAGGACACAUCGCAGUCACGUUUCACAAGUUGUGUGGAACGAGGAUACGGUUAGGGGGUUAAAGACGAGGCGAGGGAAACUUCAGGGGGGACCCCAUCACGAUGAUAUACCAGAUGUUGUCGCUGACUAUUUGACACAGGCUGGGUUCAUACACGUGGCACGUAUGAGUCAUGUUCAGAUCGAUACCCCCUUGAUAUCUGCUUUGGUUGAGCGUUGGAGACCGGAGACACACACAUUUCAUAUGACGCAGGGAGAGAUGACCGUUACAUUACAUGACGUGGCUGGUAUACUUGGUUUGCCUACUGACGGGCAGGCAGUUACCAGAUCUACAACGCUUGAGUGA